UUCCUCCAUGUAGCAACACUGCGUACUACCCAAUGUUGACGAAACCGUGUGCCACGGUACUCAAUAUUAAUAACCACUAAAAAAUGGAGAUACCAGUUACGUAUUGCUUGUGCGGCCGCUCUUACGAUCCCGAGCAAUUUAUGAUACAAUGUGACGUGUGCAAGGAAUGGUAUCACGGCGAAUGUGUAGAGGUAAAGGAAUAUUUGGCCAUAGAUUUCGACAAGUACCACUGUCCACGCUGUCAAGUUAUAUGCGGUUCUUCAAUCAUGAAAGUCAGGACAAACUGGCACAGACACGAUUAUACUGAACAAGACGCAGAUUUAAAAGCCAUCCAAACUGGAACUCUCGUGUUUCUACGGGAACUAAGAAUCAGACGCUUUGAGAAGUCUGAGGAAGUUGUCAAGUUCCUGAAGGGACAGCAAUUGACUCUUCAAUAUUUACAAACAAACGGUUUUGAAAAUCCUAUCGUUAUUAAUGAGAAAGAGGGUCUUGAUAUGACUGUACCACCUUCGAGCUUCAGUGUCUUUGAUGUUGAGAAUUAUAUAGGUGGUGAUCGGUUCAUGGAUGUGAUUGAUGUGACUAGACAAAGUAACAUACGUAUGAAAUUAAGAGACUUUAUAGAAUAUUUCAGCUCUCCUACUCGUCCAAGUACAAGGAUACUCAAUGUCAUAAGUCUCGAAUUCUCCAAUACCGGUCUUUCGCCACUGAUCGAAGCGCCGUGUAUCGCGCGCAAGCUGGACUGGGUGAACUCGGUUUGGCCAUGCGACUGGCCCGAGGACAGUGACAUGAAGCGACCCGAAGUGCAAAAGUACUGCUUGAUGGGCGCUCGAGACAGUUUCACUGACUUUCACAUUGACUUCGGUGGCACGUCCGUGUGGUAUCACGUGUUGCGUGGGGAAAAAAAGUUCUAUCUCAUCAAACCGACGCCGGCGAACUUACACUUGUACCAGCAGUGGAUGUGCAACUCGACGCAGAGCUACACCUUCUUCGGGGACCAGGCUGAUGUGUGUUACGAAUAUACUCUCAAACAGGGCCAGACGAUGAUGAUCCCCACGGGCUGGAUACACGCUGUGUUCACGCUGGAAGAUUCCUUGGUCUUUGGCGGAAACUUCUUGCACAAUCUCAACAUUCCAAUGCAGAUACAAAUAUACGAACUGGAAAGGAAGAUGAAGACCCCCGCGAAAUUUCAGUAUCCCGGAUUCGAGACAAUUAAUUGGUUCGCGGCUAAAAAGAUGCUCGCAGAAUUGAAAGAACUAAACAACGGGGGUAAGAAAUGUCCACAGUACUAUCUGCAAGGUAUAAAAGCGUUGCUCGGCAUUCUCAAGCAGUGGAAUACAGACAAGGAUUAUAGCAUGGUUAGUCGUGGCCAAAUACCGGACACCAUAAACAGCCAGAAACUGCUGAAGGAGCUCAGUAAGGAGAUACGACACGCGGAACGUUACUUAAUAUCACUGAACCCGCCGAAGCCGGAGCGCGAGAGCAAACGGAAGAAGAAAAAGCCGUUGAACAAGGACUUUGUGGAUUUCGAUUUCGCCGACAAGCUGAUCGACAAUCCGUUCAAGGCGACGCUGAAAGAGACCAACAAAACCGAGCCGGCGGUCGACGGGCCGAACAACAGGCCACCGUUGAAACUUACCUUGCCGAAACCCGUGGCGUAUUCUAACGUUAAAGCGGCCGCCGCCGGUAACAAGCGAGCGUCCAAACCGGGCAAACAGAGCCCGACCGUGAUCAGGUUUAAGCUCGGCAACAACGAGGUUGUCAGGAGUACAAACGACAACAUCAAGGUGUACGGGAACGUUGCAACGGCCGAUCAAACGACGAUGGAAACUGUGAAGCAGCCGCAGCAGCCACCGCUCAUAUGGAAGCAGACGUCCGUGUACGACUUCCACGAUGGCAGCAACGAGAGCGAUUACGGCAGAUUCACGAUAGACGAGUCGCAGAAGCGGAAACGAACGCCACGGGCGAACCCGUCGAAGCAGUUCAAGCACGAUUACGACGGGAACGUCGACAUACUGAACGACACGCCGAAGAACGGCAUAGAGGAACUGCUGAAAGCGUCCGUAUACACACUCGGCAACGGCACUCAGAGGAUAGACGUCGCGCCCUCGACGAUCCCGCAGUACAAUCAACCUAUGCCACCUCCCACUGGUUCUGACAGGGCGUCACCGUCCACGCGGGAGGCGAUCGCCGGCAUGUUGUCGUUCAGCGAGCAGUGUUACUCGACAACGAGUAGCGACCCCGCGAAGUCCUUAAGAUCCGCCAAGACGCAACGCGACAACACCGACGAUGACGACGAUCAGUCGAUAGAAAAUAUCGACAAGGUCCAUCAAGAUGACGAUUUCAUUUACCCAGCUCUAGACGCGUCCGACGACGAGGAGUUCAUUUUCAAACCCAAGGCGAAAAGUCAGAUCGACGAAGCGUGGAACCCAAAGGCUAGAGUGGGUCCUCUUUUGCCGAAGACGAAUCGGCCGGCGCGAGAAGGCGUGAAGAAGACGUCCGUGGAGAAAGGCUUGGAAGCGGCUGCGGCGAAGCGAGCGAAACAAUCGGAUGAAUACCUGGAUAACGACAUGGACAAGAUUACCAAGAAGAAAUUGGGUACUUCCAAACGGACGUACAAUAAAAGGAAGCAAAAGGAUCCUGCGGUUAGCACGGUAGGAGGAGGAACCACGUCCACUGCACCGUCUGAAAAUGUUAUCAAAUCGUCCAUAGGAUGCGGAUCAAUCUUAACGAGUCCUAACAGACUAAGGGACGUCAAAGCGAAGCUCGCGGCACCAGUUCCAGUUGAACGCAAGCCGAAGAAGGGAAUGAAAACGGCAAAGCAACGUCUGGGAAAGAUCCUGAAGAUCCACAAAAUGAUACACUAGGUAAAAUUGAAAUAAUAUCAGGUAAGAGGAAAGGCAUCACGUCAUUUUUCACUUGUGUAUAAAAUCACUUGUGUAUGUAAUAGUUGUACAUUGUAACUGUAAAUAUAAAUGAAUUUUCCAUCGGGGUGAUUCGCAUAUAUUCACCUUAAAAAGAAAAACAGAAAGGAUAAAAAAAAGGAAAAUCUAGUUUUAAAGAUUAGCGCCGUGUUUUUCUAAAAAGUACUUUAUAUUUAUUACAGCGUCGUUUAAUUUUAGGUGGAUAUUUAACGACUUUUGAUAUCUCGAUAUUUCAGUAAGACAAUAUUUACAUUGUAACAAUGGCUUACUGAUGCUUUACGUGACGCGACGUAACAGUUCAGUUGACAACGAUAUAUUGGUGGCAAGGGGAAAACUAUAUCAACCUACAGUUUGUAAUGUAUACAUCUUAUUAUUUCGAUAAGGUCGCAGCUUAAUUUAUAAAUAUCGGUGUCAGGCAAAAAUAAAUUACGAUUCGCAAGGGAACACGACUUUGCUUAUGCAUUUGUAACUGUAUUAACGUAUAGGAAAUAUAUGUGCUAAUGUGAAAGCGCAUAUUUUUUUCCGAAAAAAGAUGCAUUUUGCCCAACACUAAUGACCAUAAUUCAGAAGUUACUCUUACGGUUGGGUUGCUAACAACCAUUGCCCAACAAGUUGAAUUCUCGGCGUUCUUUGCCAUCUAGCAAGUUUCUAGACGGAGGAAUCAACCGUAAGAGACGUUUACUUCUAAGUAUUGCUGAUGAUUAAUAGCAGAUAAAACAAGCUUAAUGUUAACAUAGUAGGAAAGAAACUAACAGCUUACUUUGAUAGAAGAAUCUCUUAUUUUUUCUUUCUCAUAUCAGUUAUCUUUUAUCUAAGACACAUAAUAAACAUCAAAAGUGGUAUUUGUUUUUUUUUACACGUUGCGUAGCAUUUUACAGUUAUUCUUAAUAACGUUGACGUUUAAUUUAUACAUCACAGAGAGGCUGUAGGAUACUGAUUUAGUUUUCUAUAUAUACUUGUUAUAAAAAUAAAACAAAAAGAUAAUUAUAUCUGCCAGUGAAACGUUUUGUAUGUAACUUACAAAUAUGGUAAGGUGUACCUUGAUCGUUAUUACGGAAUACUAAGCGUACUAAAGUAGCGUAAGAAAUCUUAUCGAUUGUUGUAUCGCACAGAAAAUUGAGUUACCUAAUACAUUGUACCUGUUUCCUAUGAUACAAAGUAUGAGGUACGUGAAGGCAUAAAAAAUUCGGACAGUUAUGGUCUCGUAUGAUAGAAUAAAGUUAUUCGCGAUUACGAAUUAUUUCUAAUUAAUAAGUAGGACCUUCAAAGAAUCGUUGAUAUUUCGAGUAGGCUAAUGACGAUUUUGUGCGAAAAACUUAAAAAAAAAACACGUUUUCUACUUAAAGACUCACGUUGGACGUUGAAAUCAGCCCGGGAAAUUAAAUUGUACUCACGCUUCCUUCAUUCCUCUUUCAUAAAUCUUUUUCUCGCGCAAGUACAGCCGAAUAAUCGAGAUUUAAUUAACGUAUAUUUAAUGUUUUUUACAAAAGCAAUAUCGUGUGAUUUUAUCGAUGUCGACGAGUUCUUGUUUACAAACUUUAGGUAUCUAGGCAUAAGCGUAAACUGAAAUUCUGUACCGAUGUAUAAGGUUUAUAAACGUUGAGAGAGAUAAAGAAAAGUUCACUUUGUAUUCCACUAAUGUUAUAACGAUUAAAACUACUUACACACAGUUUAGUUUGUACUAACGUAGUUCGCAAUAAGCGUUACGAAUUAUAUUUAUCUUAUUGUUAUAGUAAAACAUAACUGUACAAUUUAUAUAAGUUGCUGAUACGUGUGGCGAGCUGUUACUGUAAUGAUUUGCAACAUCUAACUUGUCUCAAAUAAUUAACGUUCUUGUUGGUGCGUUAAUCAAAUUCUCACACGUUCCUGCACAUCGACAGUACACACCGACAGCGCACCUGAGCGUAAUCUAAGAGUUCGCUCUCGAUUCGGCACAUGUAAUUGUCCUUAGUUGUCUCUUCAAAGUGACGUCACUUCGUCCUGCAUAGUAGUUUACAUUGCAAAGAUCGAACUACACGAUUAUUCUUAUCGUUUAGUGCAAUUGUUUGACAAGUUACUACUGAUUGUAAGUAUCUAUGUAUUGUACGCGUGUCUUGUAAGAUUGACAUACAUAUUCGUAUGUGUGCAUUUUGUAUCAUCUUAUAAGACAUAUAUAUACAUAUAUAUUUAUAUAUAUAUAUAUAGAUAUAUAUAGACACAUAUACAUAUAUUUUUUUACAGAGCAUUCAUCUUGUUAAUUUGUAUCGCGUUUCACUUGAUAUCCGCAAUAUUUAUUUAAUGUGUCCACUCUCAUUGUGCACCUUCGUUCAACCCGACGACAUUCUACACAAUUCGACGCGAGCAUUGUAUAUUCCCAUGUCACUUCGUACAUCGGAUCGACGUAAACGCGCGAUUAGAGAUUUAAAUCGGAGUCCCCGUGACUGAGUCGACGUAAUUUGUAAACGCGAGAUACGAACCUAUAGACUUUUGCCAUGAAGGAUCGGUAUAUUUCAAAAAUGUGUUCACUAAAUUAUAGACAUAUAUAAUCUCGCAAGUUUUAAUGUUCGAUGCCGCGAAUGCAUUAUUGCGAAACUGAAGGAAAAGAGAAAACGCAGAGUUAAAAAUAUAUAUAUAUCAGGGAUGAAAGUAAAUAAUAUUUAUUUUCAUGAUACGCUCUUUAUUCGUCGCUCAUAAAAGUACGUCGCUCAUAAAAGUACGUAGCACUUUCUAUGUACAAUAAUAUACUCUCGAAAUGUAAGAGUACUUUAAGAUUAUUAGAUCGAUCUAAUGAGAUGAAAACAGCUCCGUAGACAAUUUUCGAACGCUUUUCUAAUGCACACAUUAAAAAAAAAUUUAUAAGGAUAUACUGUUAAUUAAUUAAUGCUUCCAUAGCAUUACGAUGCACUUGCGUUUGUGGAGAGUGUAGCAAAAGCGAAAUGUAUUUUUGAGGGGAAUCUUGUCAGCUGGAGUGCGGAUACAUACGACUACUUCUCGAAUGCGCAGAGCAUCUUUUCAUCUUAUUGAUAUUCAAAUUUAUUAUUAUUCUCUCGGUAGAGUCUAAAUUUUUCCCGACGACUCUGUAGAAUUCAUGCGGACUUACCGACUUUCGGUAGUACUCGUGCGAGAGCCAUGAAACAUUGUUCAAAAAACUCAGAGAGGUACUCGAGGUAUGUCGAGUCAAUCACGCGCGUGUGUACCUCAUAUCGUAAAACGACAGAACAAUUUUUCAUCGUAUAUUCGUAUUACUGUCGAAUAAAAUGUUGGACUCAUU